AUGGCGGUUCACUCAUACGCUCGGAGUGCUGGGUUGGACACUGAUAUCUUUGUUGCCAACUCCUUGGUCGACAUGUAUGCCAAGUCUGGCAGCCUGGUAGGCUCGGCUGGAGUUUUUGAUGGCAUGAUCAGUCGCGACGUGAUUUCCUGGACUUCAAUGGUGCUUGGCUAUGCCGACUGUGGUGGCGAGGAGAUGGCAUUGGAGGCACUGGCACAGAUGCAUCUCGAGGGAUGCAAGCCGAAUUCUCUAACUUUCGCGGCCGCGCUCAAGGCAUGCGGCAAGCUUGCAGCCAGGGAAACGUGGACGGAAAUCCAAGGCCGGCGUGUGAAACUCGUUGCUCUCGAGAGAGGCAUGGCUUUGCAUUCUCAAUCUCUGAAGCAAGCCAAAGCCUGUGAUGAGUUUCUGCUGAGCAGCUUGGUGGAUCUGUAUGGAAGGUGUGGGAGCCUUGCUGAUGCUCGCCAUGUCUUCGGCCAGACGCGGAGUCACCCUGUUCCUCUCACGUCCCUGAUGCUGGGCUACACCGGGAGUGGCGAGGCAAGAACCGCCUUGGAGCUGUUCGAACAGGAAAGGAAAGCUGUAGAUGCUCGGGCAUUUGUGGCCGCGUCGAGAGCUUGCAAAGCUCUAGCAGAGGAAGAAGAGGCCAGGGCCCUGGAUGGCAAGAGUGUCAAGGUUGGAGCUCUAGAGACAUGCAUGGCGAUUCAUUCAGCGGCUGCAAGGUAUGGAGUUGACUCGAGCACAUACCUGACGAGCUGCCUGAUCGAAGUAUAUGCCGGCUGCGGGAGCUUGGUGGAUGCUGUAACCAUUUUCAACCAGAGGAAGUUCCAAGACGUUUUCUCGUGGACAGCUUUGAUACUUGCGUAUGUUGGAAACGGGCAAGGAGGGCCUGCCUUGCAAGCCUUCAAAGUCAUGCAAAGGUCGCCUUGUUUCUCAUUCGCGAAUGCUCGCUGUUGUGCUGUUGGUCUUGCGGCCUGUGGUGCAUCUGGGGAUUCAGAGGCUGCCAGGAAAAAUUGGCAUGAGAUUUACAGGCGUGGUAUUGAAAGAUUCAUGGAUUAG